AUGAUGGCCAUGAACACCAAGCAGCCUUUCGGCAUGCACCCGGUGCUUCAAGAACCCAAAUUCUCCAGCCUGCACUCCGGCUCCGAGGCCAUGCGCCGAGUCUGUCUCCCAGCCCCGCAGCUGCAGGGUAAUAUAUUUGGAGGCUUUGAUGAGAGCCUGCUGGCACGCGCCGAAGCUCUGGCGGCUGUGGAUAUCGUCUCCCACGGCAAGAACCAUCCAUUCAAGCCCGACGCCACCUACCAUACCAUGAGCAGCGUGCCCUGUACGUCCACUUCGUCCACCGUGCCCAUCUCCCACCCGGCCGCGCUCACCUCGCACCCACACCACGCGGUGCACCAGGGCCUCGAGGGCGACCUGCUGGAGCACAUCUCGCCCACGCUGAGCGUGAGCGGCUUGGGUGCCCCGGAGCACUCGGUGAUGCCGGCGCAGAUCCACCCGCACCACCUGGGCGCCAUGGGCCACCUGCACCAGGCCAUGGGCAUGAGUCACCCACACGCCGUGGCGCCUCACAGCGCCAUGCCCACAUGCCUCAGCGACGUGGAGUCGGACCCGCGAGAGCUCGAGGCCUUCGCCGAGCGCUUCAAGCAGCGGCGCAUCAAGCUAGGGGUGACCCAGGCGGACGUGGGCGCGGCUCUAGCCAACCUCAAGAUUCCCGGCGUAGGCUCGCUCAGUCAGAGCACCAUCUGCAGGUUCGAAUCUCUCACUCUCUCGCACAACAAUAUGAUCGCGCUCAAGCCAGUGCUCCAGGCGUGGCUGGAGGAAGCCGAGGCAGCCUACCGAGAGAAAAACAGCAAGCCGGAGCUCUUCAACGGCAGUGAGAGGAAGCGCAAACGCACGUCCAUUGCGGCGCCGGAGAAGCGCUCACUCGAGGCCUACUUCGCUAUCCAGCCGCGACCCUCCUCCGAGAAGAUUGCGGCCAUCGCUGAGAAACUGGACCUUAAAAAGAACGUGGUGAGGGUCUGGUUCUGCAACCAGAGACAGAAACAGAAACGAAUGAAGUACUCAGCUGUCCACUGA